UGAUGAAAGUAGGUGCCAAAAAAUAAGUAUGUUCUAGAAAAAAAUAAAAUAUAAUAACGUUGAUUUAUUUUUUUUGUGUGUGCCAAACUUUAUUAUCUCUACCUCCCUUAUUGAAGAGUACAUCUUCCUAAUCUAAGGCCACUAAUAGAGUUACGAUUACAAGUUUCCAUCUCCUAAAGUCACCCAACAUGAGGUUCUUCUUGUGUCAAGAUAACGUGGCCCCCCAUACAAUAUCUCUCACUUAAGACAAAAGUUACUCUAAACACACUAUGAAGAAAAAGCAGGAGCCUCAUCAAGAUGAACAACAUGAUGUUGAAAUCCUCAAGGCUGUGGCACAAGCCUGGCAUGGACACUCUAGCAGCCGUGGAACUACUGCUGAAUUCGACGCCCACCGCCACAAUUUCAAGAAUAAGCCAUCAAGAUUCAAGCUUGAAGCUAUGAACAAGGCAACCUCCAGAGAAUAUGAUGGAACAAUUAGUAGAUGGGAUUUCAGCCAGUCUCUUUGGGAUUCUUAUGAGAUACUCAAUGUGUCCAAAAAGUUAGAAACUGGGCUAAUGCUGGACCAUCCAUUGGAUGGGUCUAUCCGACUUGGACAGAAGAGGAAAGAGAGUAAGAAUAGCUUAAGAAAUUUGCUCAAUAGGGUGUCUUCAAGAAGAUAUAAUGAUGCUGAUUCAACACUAGACAAGGAUGGUUAAUAUCAAGUAGUAAUAUGUAGAAUUUGGUUUCAUUUUUUCUGAAAGAAGCCAAGAGAGCUCCGUUUCUUGAUUUUUUUCCUUAUCACAUAUGCUGAUUCUUCUUUAUCUUUUAGGCGAUUUUUCAUAUAAUUAUCAUCACUUAGCUGAGAGGAAGCACAAGAUGCAUUGUACUGAAGCCUGCAGCUUCAUCCAUCCACCUGUUGAGUGAAUAAAUGAAAAAAAAAAGGAGUGGCUAACGUAUAGCCACUGGGUGGGGAUGUGUUGGUGUUUUUGUUCCCGUCCCACGAGUCGAAGUCCCCACACUUUCCAAAUCAGCUAAAAGAUUGAUUGAGCUGCACUAUAUAGAAAAAGAAUCAUAUACCUUAGAGAUAGGAGAUUUAGGAAAUGUUUUCUUCUUUCCUCAACUGAAUUAUUGUACCUUGCUUUUGAAGAUUCUUUCAAGAUUGGAACUUGAAGGGACCGUUGUGAACAGGGAUAAUGCCCUUCGAGUCUAGAAGGGGUGGGGAGGGAGCAGUAAUUUGUGAGUGUGUUGUGCAAGAGCUGACAUUACAGUAAUGAACAAACAGGCAAUUUCUUCCUA